AUGUAUUAUCCACUCGAAGGGAUUAACCACUUAGAAAUCCCAGUUGAAGAUAUCCAAUCAGCGACCAAUGACAUGGCGGAUGAAUAUGUGAUUAGUUCAAACAAGGAAUUUACAACUUACAAAGCGCAGCUUUUUUGGUCUGGACAGCUGAUCGAUAUUGCUGCACAAUCAUAUGAUCGACUUGAUGCUGAUGGAGUAUCCAUGUUCGAGAACACAGCGUUGAUCCUUUCUGGUCUCAAGCAUAAAAAUAUCGUCUCUUUUCUUGGGUAUAGUGGGGAUCCAUAUUGGAUUUUCAUCGUAAGCGAGUAUGAGAGCAAAAGAAGUCUCGAUGAGCAUCUAAGGGAGGCAUCAACACUCUCAUGGAUGGAAAGAUUGCAGAUAUGUGCUGGUAUUGCUCAUGGAUUAAGUUACCUCCAUUACGAGGAGGGACGUGAUUAUAGUGUCAUACAUUGCAACAUCAAAAGCUCUUCAAUUCUGCUAGAUGACAACUGGGAGCCCAAAAUAUUUCGGCUUUGGAAGGAAGCAUGGAGUGAUGACGAAGAUGGGGAGUCGUUAGUUGAAUCGGCCAGAUCACACUAUGAAGAAGAAACUUUGGAGGAUUUGAUUGAUACGGAUGUAUGGGAAGAAAUGGACGAGAAAUCAAUUAAAAUCUUCUCAGAAACAGCAUAUUCGUGUCUCAAGGAGCAGCGAGCACAUCAACCAAGUAUGGAUCAAAUUGUCAGACAACUAGACAAAGCAUUGCAACUCCAAAUGAAAUUCGAAAACCUUGAAGAUUCAGGAGGCGAGAGUACUGAAGUUACAUCUUUUGACCGGCUGAAGGGGAAAGAUUUCGAACACUUGAAGAUUGGACUGAGUGAUAUAGAGUUUGCCACUGAGAAUUUUGCUGAACGUUACUGCAUUGGGUCAGGCGGAUAUGGCAAGGUGUAUAAAGCAGUACUUCAUCUUGAUCAGGGGACAAAUUCUUCCACAAUAGAAGAGAAUAAUAAGGAUGAAUUAAUGCGUAAAACUGUGGCUAUAAAGCGCAUCUUUAGUAGAGGAGACAAACAAGGGGAAGAUGGGGUGGCCUAUGAUAAAAUUUAUAUGGCCGAGGAUGAGAAAGGACUGGGACCCAUCGCAAGACGACACUAUGAUAAAGGAACACUUAAGGAAUUGAUAGAUCCUGUUCUGAAGCAAGAGAGUGAUGAAAUCUUUUUUACUCAAAAUGAAGGUCUCAGUGAAGAGUCUUUGGCCACAUUUUUCGAAAUCGUUUAUGGAUGUUUGGCAGAAUCUCAAGCCAAACGUCCAAAAAUGGAAGUCGUCAUUAAGGAGCUUGAGCAAGCACUGUUUCUUCAAGAAAACUUCAAGAACAACCUCAAAUUUUCACUUGAACACAUAAAGUUGGCAACACAAAGCUUCAAGAGAAGAUCGACCAACAGCAGCCCAAGUGUUGAUGCAACUCAAGAAAGCAUUGGAAUUCCAAGCAGAUUAUGA